UUUAACACGAAGUUUUCCUCGUACUCAUUGUUACAUUCUAUAAAUCAAGUUCGAUACAACCCCAUCGCAAAAUCAGUGUGCAAGCAUUCCAAUCGCUCCCAAAAUCUUUUCUAAUUUGUUCAUAACUCAAUAAUUCUCAUCAUGGGCUCCUUGAUUGUUCCAGGUGAACAUGAUCACAAACUAAAGCUUGUUUCUCUUCCCUUUGUAUCAACCAGUCACCUCAUUCCCGUAGUAGACAUAGCUAGGCUCUUUGCCAUUCAUGGUGUUGAUGUCACCAUAAUCACCACCACAGCCACUGCCGCCAUUUUCCAAAGCUCUAUCGAUCGCGACCGUGACCGCGGCCACGCUAUUAGAACCCACGUUGUCAAGUUCCCAUGUGAACAAGUUGGGUUGCCAGAAGGAGUAGAGAGCUUCAACUCCAACACUCCUCGGGAUUUGGUCCCCAAAAUCUACCAGGGACUCACCAUUCUCCAAGACCAAUACCAACAACUCUUCCAUGACUUGCAGCCUGAUUUCUUGUUCACCGACAUGUUCUACCCCUGGACUGUGGAUGCUGCUGCUAAGUUGGGAAUUCCACGGCUCAUUUAUGUUAGUGGAGGUUACCUUGCUCACUCUUCUCAGAACACAAUUGAACAAUUCUCACCUCACACCAAGGUAGAUUCGGAUACUGAGAGUUUUCUGCUUCCUGGAUUGCCCCAUGAAUUGAAGAUGACGCGUUUGCAGUUACCGGAUUGGCUUAGAGCACCGACAGGUUAUACUUAUUUGAUGAACAUGAUGAAAGACUCGGAGAGAAAGAGCUAUGGAUCGCUGUUGAAUACUUUUUAUGAGCUUGAGGGAGAUUAUGAGGAGCAUUACAAGAAGGCCAUGGGAACUAAAAGUUGGAGUGUUGGACCAGUUUCCUUUUGGGUGAACCAAGAUGCUUUGGAUAAGGCCGAUAGAGGGCAUGCCAAAGAAGAGCAAGGGGAAGGAGAAGAAGGGUGGCUCACAUGGCUUGAUUCCAAGACAGAGAACUCUGUUCUCUAUGUGAGUUUUGGGAGCAUGAACAAGUUCCCUACUCCUCAACUUGUUGAAAUAGCUCAUGCCCUUGAGGAUUCAGACCAUGAUUUCAUUUGGGUGGUUAGGAAAAAGGGUGAAAGUGAAGACGGGGAAGGCAAUGACUUUCUCCAAGAGUUUGAUAAGAGAGUGAAAGCAAGCAACAAGGGGUAUCUAAUAUGGGGUUGGGCACCACAACUUCUCAUACUAGAGCAUCAUGCCAUUGGAGCUGUGGUGACACACUGUGGAUGGAACACAAUAAUCGAAAGUGUUAAUGCUGGUUUGCCAAUGGCUACUUGGCCUCUGUUUGCUGAGCAGUUUUACAAUGAGAAGUUGCUGGCUGAGGUGCUGAGAAUUGGGGUGCCAGUGGGGGCAAAGGAAUGGAGGAAUUGGAAUGAGUUUGGAGAUGAGGUGGUAAAAAGGGAAGAGAUAGGAAAUGCAAUUGGUGUUUUGAUGGGUGGUGAAGAGUCUAUAGAAAUGAGGAGAAGAGCAAAAGCACUUAGUGAUGCUGCUAAGAAAGCUAUUCAGGUUGGAGGGUCUUCUCACAACAAUUUGAAAGAACUGAUCCAGGAGUUGAAGUCACUCAAACUGCAGAAGGCCAACCACAAAAGUUAGGCCAACUCUUGGGGAUAAUUGCAAUCAAUUCAGGACAUAGCACUGUGAUUCUAAAUAAGUGACAUGCCUCAUUCAAAAAUAGUGUGAAAUAUAAUAGUAUUGUUACCUAGUAAUUGUACUACUUAUGAAAUAAAAGAAUUCUAAGUGUUUGUAUGUUUUUGGUUAAAUUAGAGUAGUGUGAUCCAAUGAUUUGAAAGAUUUUGCAACUGGACACUUCUUUCUGUAAUCAUGUUAUUAGUGUCAACAUAAUUAGGUAAAUCUUUGAUUUAUUGCUUUUCCUAUAA